AUGGUAUUAUUCAAAAUGAUGAAGGGGAGUGGAUGCUUCGCACCUUUAUGAGUAUUUUUACGAGAAUCUGUGAUUUUAUUACGUAAUUGUGGACUGGGAGGUGGUGGCUGGGUGAGUAGCGGUGAUGUGAUUGUUUAUGGAGAUUUCGGUGGAUAUAUGUGAGGAACAUGUGGAUGUAGAUGAACGGGUUUUGGAGAUUGUCGGGGAGAUUUUGAUAUCGUAAUGACAGCUGAGAAAUUUGAUAUUGAGAGGCCUCUCUGGGAUCUGGGGACCUUCGCAGGACGGUGGAGGCAUUUCGCUUGGGUGACGGAUCCCAGAUCCUGUUUCGCGAGUGAGAAGGAACUCGCGGAGGCCAAGGCACUCUAUGAUGACUACAGAGCUGGACGCGCGCCAACAGACACGACCCGGGAGCAGCUGCUGCGCGCUAAGAAUUUGUACGAGUCGGCUUUUCAUCCUGACACGGGGGAACUGCAGAAUGUCUUCGGGAGAAUGUCGUUUCAAGUGCCCGGGGGAAUGGCGAUCACUGGGGCUAUGCUUCAGUUCUACAGAACUACAACAGCAGUGGUAUUCUGGCAAUGGGUGAAUCAAUCGUUCAAUGCCCUCGUUAAUUACACAAACAGAAAUGCAAACAGUCCAAUUACAGAGAAACAAUUAGCCACGGCUUAUGUGAGCGCGACUGCAGCUGCCAUGCUCACUGCCAUGGGAUGCAAAUCCUUCUGGGCGAAACGGGCGAACCCUUUGCUGGCUAGAUACGUGCCUUUCGCCGCAGUCGCCGCUGCCAAUUGCGUCAAUAUUCCUCUCAUGAGGCAGAAUGAGAUCCUACAAGGUGUGGAUCUAGCUGAUGAGAACGGGAAUAAGCUCACACAGUCCAAAAUUGCAGCUGUGAAGGGGAUAAGCCAAGUUACGAUAUCAAGGAUCAUCAUGUGCGCACCAGGAAUGUGCAUUCUCCCACCGAUAAUGGAGAGAUUAGAGAAAUUCAACUGGAUGCAGAGGAUCAGAGCUCUUCAUGCACCCAUUCAAGUGCUUGGUUGUGGUAUCUUCUUAUCGUUCAUGGUGCCCACAGCCUGCGCAAUUUUCCCUCAAAACUGCUCAAUAUCCACCAGUACCCUGAAACGUUGGGAGCCAGAGAACUACGAGACCCUCGUGAAGAAUUGCAAAAACAAGGAGAUCCCCGAGUACCUGUACUUCAACAAGGGACUCUAAUCCUCAAAUCUGCAUUUCACCAGUCAAUUAUAUCAGUAGGGAAGUGGUAAAACGGUUUAAGUCAAUUUUGACGAUUGGUCAGUUUUCAAUGAAUAUCUCAGAAUCUAAGAGA